UUGGCUAUAGUAGUAACUUUUUAUCACGGAGUCAAUCAGCUACAGAUAAUAAAUAAUCAAAUUAUUAUCUAUAUAAUCAGAAGUGAAGUGUGCAUUUGGAUAUUCAAACCUGAGUUUCGGAUACAAUAUGAGGUGGCGCACAUGGAUCGUCCUGGGGUCGCUGGUGGCAUUACUGCUCGCUGCACGUGUCUAUCGAGUCCUCCACCGUCCCGUACCGCCGGAACUUGAACAACCGGAAGUCAUCCGUUGGCUCGACGAGGGAGGAAGAUGGGCGAACAUUCUGAUGAGGCUAUGUCACCAAUUAGGCCUGGAACCAGCCACGGGGCCUGUGAAGAUGGCUAUGAACUUUGGUGCCCGGCUUCUUUUCAAUGGAUUUAAUCGGAUAUCAAAUAUGACGAUCCGGUACACGACAGUUGACAAUAUCCCAGUGACAAUAUUUCUACCGGACAGUGUGAACGCAGCCGGCGGAAACAACCCUACAAUGGUGUACUUUCACGGCGGUGGAUGGACAUGGUUCUCCGUUGACGUGUAUUCUGGUUUUCUUGCCAAUUUUGCUGAAAUAACUGGGCUGCAGAUAAUUGCCGUAGAGUACAGAAAAGCACCUCAGCAUAUAUUUCCUGCGGCAUAUCACGACUGUCUUACGGCGACGCUUGGAGUUCUAAAACGAGCAGACGACUUUCGACUUUUGGCGGGAAAACUUAUUAUUGGAGGGGACGGAGGUGGUGGCAAUUUAGCAGCCGCGGUCUCAAAUACGUUGGGUGACAAAAUAUGGCUUCAGUUGCUGAUAAACCCCGCCCUGCAGGUUCUCGAUUUCGAAACACCUUCGUAUCAGGAUUAUGAUGAAAAUGUCUUACCGGGAUUAUCGUCCGCAUUCAGAAAUGUUUACCACUGGCUCGAAUACGCGGGAAUUUCACAAGAUUAUCUGCAGUUUGCUCUUCAGAACACACAUAUCUCGUCUGGAACGAGACAUUCCGUUGCCAGCUCUUUUGUUAAUAGCCGGAAGUAUUUGCCCCGCAAUCUUACAAUCACAGACAAAACGACUCGGCCGUUAAAAUCAGGCGCAAACUUUAUUGUGACGUCCGCAUUCGAUAAGAUAGCCACAGAACCAAAAUUUGCACCAAUGAUGAGUGCAAAAGUGGAAGGGACUCCGAAUGCGUACAUGGUGACGUCACAAUAUGACGUGUACAGAGAUGAGGGCAUUAUGUACGCCCAGAGAUUGUUCGAGUCGCAUAUUGAUGUCAAACUUGAACAUUACUAUGAGUCAUUCCAUGGGUUUGUGCUGUUUUCAGGGUACGGGCCGAUUAAAUUGAAUGUUGCCGAGAGGGCAAUAAAGGGUUUUAGUGACUUUUUAAAGGCACGUAUUUUUGAACAUUCAUAUUCUACAUAGACAAUGUUAAGACGGAUACCACAAGGUUUGGGUGUGUGAUCUUUGCGAGCAUAUUUUAUAAACAAAGUCAAACGAGAGACGCAUUUAGUUUUUUAACGUUAAGAGGAAGGAGGAAGUACUUUUUUUUAAAAGUGCAUAGAAAACGCUUUAAUUUCAACGUCCAGUUUUCAUUCUAUCCAGUCUAUCCAUCUAUCAAGGAUUUCAUGUUUAAAAACAUAUUAAAAUAAUAGUUGAGCAA